ACCUCUUUGGCAUUCUCAUCUCUUCUCCUCAUUGAUCAUCUCCUAUCAUGUCACACCUGCAGCUCAGGCAGACAAAGUCCAACGAUGGAUCCCCAACCUCUGCUCAGAUCCAGGCCAUCGAACAGAUCUACAAAAACGUCACCCUACCCUACGGUGCUCUGAUCGCCGCCAACCUUAGUACCAUCAACAUCUGCUUCGAAGCAGGCGGCGGUGUCUUUUACAGCUCCUCCGUGCUAGAAAUCGUUUCAUACCCUGUCUACUGGUGUGGCGUCGACCAAUCCUCCAUGGCCAACUACAUUGGACAGAAUUAUAGUCGAGCAGGUUACGACACCGCUGCGACGAGUGAAUCGUCUUCGUCUACUGGCAGCGCCACGGCCAUGUACACCUCGUUCAAGGGAUCAUGUGUCCUUGCGUUGCUCGUUUGGGGCCUGCUGGUGGCAGUUUGAUGUCUGUGGCGGUGAGCGAACACAUAGACGGGUUGAGGCGGUCCUGACAAAGGAAGAGCAGUUUUGUCGAUGUCUGGAGCACGAACCGGAACAGAAAGCGUUGUGAGACAACGUUGCGUACGGGUAGGAGGACCUGUCUCCAAUGACUCAAAGAUCUCUUGAGUAUGCAUGUAGCAUCACGACCGAUGACCAAUGUGCAGGACUG